AUGAGCCCACGAGACAUAAGCAAGAAUCUUGGAGAUGCCCCUGACGUCAUGAAAUUUGACAUUUCUAAGGAGGGCAGCACUCUGUCUGUGGUGGAGCAGGCCAACGUGUGGCUGUUCCUUAAAGUUGCCAAGGGCAGCCGAGGGAAGGGGAAGGUGUCUGUUCAGCUCCUGCAGCAUGGCAAAGCUGACCCAGGCUCUGCGGAUGGACCCCAAGAAGCGGUGGUGUCCGAGAAGACUGUGGACACGCGGCGCAGCGGCUGGCACACACUACCGGUGCCCCGCAUGGUGCAGACCCUGCUGGACAGGGACAGCAGCUUGCUCAGUCUCAAUGUCUCCUGUCCAAUGUGUGCCGAAGCCGGCGCUGUACCCAUCCUGGUGCCUGCAGAAGGCAACAAGGGCAAAGAGAGAGAACAAUCUCACCGACCCUUCCUCAUGGUCGUGCUCAAGCCAGCCGAGGAGCACCAGCACCGGCGCAGCAAGCGUGGCCUAGAGUGUGACGGCAAAAUCCGCGUCUGCUGUAAACGGCAGUUCUACGUCAAUUUCAAGGACAUCGGGUGGAGCGACUGGAUCAUCGCUCCGUCUGGAUACCACGCUAACUACUGCGAGGGCGACUGUCCCAGCCAUGUGGCCAGCAUCACUGGCUCUGCCCUCUCCUUCCAUUCCACCGUCAUCAAUCACUAUCGGAUGCGCGGGUACAGCCCCUUUAACAACAUCAAGUCGUGCUGCGUACCCACGCGCCUACGGGCCAUGUCCAUGCUCUACUACAAUGAAGAGCAGAAGAUCAUUAAGAAAGACAUCCAGAACAUGAUAGUGGAGGAGUGUGGCUGCUCAUAAGACGCCAUGAACUCCUAACAAACACUUCAAUGUUGGUACAAAGCACAUAUCAGAGGACUGGCAGUCUGUGUUCACCCACAAACUUUUGAACUGCAAACUCGGGCAGUCUAUUUGUUUUUCGAUCAUUCCAAUAGGACUGAUUAUUGGAGCGGUCUUUGUGGCACUUUCAUAUAAAAAUGACGGAGGAGAAUAAAGCAUAAUAUAUUUUUUUUAAUGAAGGGAGACUGAGAGGGAACGGGUGCAUGGGUCAAAGUGUCAGCCCUCA